AUGCGCGGCGCCCUCAUCACCAACUCGCUCCCGGCCCUCCAGAACCUCAUCAAGCGCUCGCCCGAGAGCUACGCCGAGGAGUUUGCCGUCCAGUGGGCCCGCUUCGGCAGCCUCGUCAAGAUCGUUCAGCUCGGGCUCGGCGGCGCCAAGGGCGACGAGGAGCAGCUCAAGGAGGUUACCGCGUCCCUUGCGCGCGAGACUGACUCGCUCCCCACUCUCCCACAGGUCGCCCACCUGUACCCCACCCUCACCGCCUCGCUCCCGUCCAUCCUGUCCGGCCUCCUCCUGUCGUCGGCCCCGGCCACCUCGACGUCGUCGGCGAGUACGGCGGCGGGCCCGACCGGCGUCGGCAGCGCCAUCAGCGGCGGCGGCGUCCAGUUGAGCCCCGAGACGAGGAAGACCAUGAUGCAGGGCCUCGUCCUCCUCCGCCGGCGCGAGGUCAUCUCGGGCGUCGAGCUCCUCAAGACGCUGUUCCCGCUCCUGUCGAUCACGACCUCGCCCAACCUGCGCAGCUUCAUCCUCAAGACCAUCAUCGGCGACAUCAAGAACGCCAACAUGAAGACGCGCGCCGUCAAGCUCAACUCGAUGGUGCAGGGCCUCCUCAUGGCCAUGAUCGAGCGCGGCAUCGCCGCCGAGCAGGAGCGCGUCGGCACCGGCGUCAAGGCGUCCCGCCGCGGCGCGUCGACGAGCAAGGACGGCAAGGUCGUCGGCGCACGCGAGGCCAUGUGGGCCGUCAAGAUCGCCGCCGAGCUGUGGCGCAAGAACGUGUGGCGCGGCGACAAGAUGACGGUCAAGGUCGUCGCACGCGCGUGCUUUCACCCGGACACCAAGGUGCAGAGCGCCGCCAUGCACUUCUUCCUCGUCACGCCCGACACGGCGGCCGACCUCGACUCGGACGACGACGAGGACGAGGGCCCCGACAUCCAGACGGUCAAGCACCGGCAGGAGAUCAACAAGAAGCGCAAGUCGACCGACCGCCGCGCCAAGCGCGAGAUCCGCGCCGCCAACGUCAAGCGCCGCCAGAAGGAGCAGGACAAGAAGGAGCCGGCGAGCAACUUUUCGGCCCUCCAGCAGCUCGACGACGCCUACUCGUUCGGCGAGCGCCUGUACGAGCAGCUCGUGCGGUACGACAAGGCCUACACGCUCGACCACAAGGUCCUCAUGAUGCAGCUCCUCGGCCGCGUCUGCGGCGCCUUCAAGCUCACGAUCCCGGCCUUCUACUCCUACGUCCUGCGGUACCUCACGCACCACCAGCUCCAGAUCACCCAAAUCCUCGUCGCCCUCGCCCAGUCGGUCCACGACCAGAUCCCGCAAGAGCAGGACGACCCGCUGUACCCGGUCCUGCGCAAGAUCGCCAACGAGUUUGUCCACUCGGGCGUCGCCGCCGAGGUCAACUCGGCCGGACUCAACGCCAUCACCGAGAUCUGCCGCCGCCAGCCGCUCGCCAUGAGCCCCGACCUGCUCCAGGACCUCGUCGAGUACCGCAAGUCCAAGGACAAGGGCGUCAUGGUCGCCGCGCGCGGCCUCCUCCAGCUGUACCGCGAGGUCAACCCGACCCUGCUCAAGCGUCGCGACGUCGGCAAGUCGGUCAGCAUGCAGCUCCAGGACGAGCGCCGCGGCGGGGCCGACGCCGUCGCCGCCGGCGCCGAGGAGCGCAAGACGUCGCUCAAGUUUGGCGAGGACCGCGACACGGUCAAGGGCAUCCAGGGCCUCGACCUGUUCGCCAAGCACCUCGCCGAGCAGGCGCAGAACGGCGACGGCGAGGACGGCGCCGCCAACCCGGACGACGACGACGAGGCCGGGUGGGACGGCUGGGAGGCCGAGUCGGGCUCCGAGUCGGACUCGUCCGGCGGGUGGGUCAACGUCGAGUCCGAGGGCGAGUCGGACCUCGAGAUCAGCGACUCGGACGACGACGACGACGACAAGGCGCGCAAGCGGCGCAAGGUCGAGGCGCGCGAGGCGCGCGAGGCCAAGAAGCGUGGCCUCGACGCCGUCGCCGAGGAGGACGAGGACGACGAGCAGUCGCCGCCCAAGAAGCGCGCCGUCGACGUCGCCGGCACCAAGGGCGACGACGAGAUCGUGUUCGGCCAGGACAGCGACUCGGACGACGAGGACCAGGAGUCGGACGACGAGUCGGGCUCGGACGAGGGCGAGCCCGAGGAGGAGCAGGCGCCGAGGGUCCGGACCGAGGAGGAGCAGGACGAGAUGAGCCUCACGCGCGCCAACAAGGUGCUCGAGGGCACGACGUUCGCCGAGAUCGCCAUGUCCAAGAUCCUCACGCCCGCCGACUUUGUCAAGAUCAACGAGCUGCGCGUGCAGGCGGCCGAGGACGAGGCCAAGAACGGCGGCGGCUCGGCCGCUCGUCGCAAGCUCGCCGCGCUCGCCGCUGCGCGCAAGGCCAACCACGGCGACACGGACGACGCCUUCCUCGCCGAGGACGACAUCCUCGGCCUCCAGAAGAAGAAGAAGAACUCGUACGAGGAGCGCAUGGCCAAGAUCCAGGAGGGCCGUGCCGACCGCGACAAGUUCGGCUCGCACCGUCACAAGAAGCUCGACGCCAAGGCGCACUCGACGACCAACGCCGAGAAGAAGCGCGGCAAGAACUUCCUCAUGAUGGCCCACUCGCACGAGGUGACGCGCAAGACACGUGCGUCGCUGCACCAGAAGGGCCGGCGCCUGCGCAACCACGUCAAGACGCAGAAGGCGGGCGGCCGCAGGCGCAACGGCGAGCACAAGUAGAAGGUGCUCGCUCGCUCCCUUCCCCUCUUUCCUCGCACUCUCUCUCUCGCUACCCUCUAUUUGCGUCCUCGUUCGCGCCGUCGUCGACCCUGUCCUUCCCCUCCUGUUUCCCCUCUUGCGGCCUCUCGGUGUUGUAUUGCCACUCGCUCUCUCUCUCU